GGGGGGCGGGGUGGUGGUGAGGUGGGGGUGCCGAAUCCGCAGGCAGGGCUCUCUCUGCACGCUAGGAGACUCGGCGGCACCAUGGAAACCUCGCUCUUGGCUCGAUCCUCAGGAUCAUGUCUGCUACUACGGGCAGCGGUAACAAAGGAAUUGUACAUGAUUCUAGGUCCCACACAAAAAUCAUGGAAACGCGUAUGGAUUUUUGACCGGAGCAUGCGCUUUUGGAGCAAGGGAGGGGUUUUCUUUUAUAAAAGUCGGCGAGAACGUCUUCCGGGACCAACCACAAAACAACAUGGUCAGCAUCGUCUUGGUUUUUGCCUUCUUGCUAGGUGUUUGCUGCUGGGAGAGGGGUUGGGGAAAGGGUGGGAGGUCUUCUGCUUGAGCAUACCAUGCGGGUUUUCCGGCAACCGGGAACCUGGUUUUUGUUGCGCCUACCUCAUUUUUGUUUUCGUGGCUCGUUUUUUUCGUACACAGUCAUUUCCCGCAAAGGAACGGAAAGGGUCAAGAAUGGUUUGCCUCACGGCAUACGUCUGUUUUAUGUUUCGCUGAUCUGGUCUUUUGUGGUUCUCUUGGUUUUUCGUUUGUUGCUACCGACAUUUGCCUGUGCGUUGUUUCUUUCCAUGUAGCUGGAAGUGGGCCGGCCAUAUUCAACUUGU